CGAACACGUAUUACGUAUACGUCUGGUUGGCAUAUAUGCUAAAGACUAAAUUAUAUUAUAGUAUAUUAUAUACGCAUACAUAUACUUUGUAUGUCUAUAUAUGUGAUAUUAUGCAAACCCAAAUCUGUUGACUAUAGUUAGACUUCUUCAUUUACUCUCUCUGACACCCAUUUACUUAUCUUCUUUCUCUUUGUCCACCUCUUUGCUCUCUAUUUCUCUCUCUUUCUUCUGUCAACAUGAAGGGUUUCAACACCGAACAAGAUCACCCCGCGGCGGAAUCCGGCAACGUCUACGACGUGUCUGAUCCCACAAAGAACGUUGAUGACGAUGGCCGAGAGAAGAGAACUGGGACGUGGCUUACGGCGAGUGCGCAUAUUAUCACGGCGGUGAUAGGCUCCGGAGUUUUGUCGUUAGCAUGGGCUAUAGCUCAGCUUGGUUGGAUCGCAGGGACUUUGAUUUUGGUCAUUUUCUCUUUUAUCACUUAUUUCACUUCCACGAUGCUCGCUGAUUGCUACCGUGCGCCGGAUCCUGUCACCGGAAAACGAAAUUACACUUACAUGGACGUUGUUCGUUCUUACCUUGGUGGUAGGAAAGUACAGCUUUGUGGUGUGGCACAGUAUGGGAAUCUAAUAGGGAUCACUGUUGGUUACACCAUCACUGCUUCUAUUAGCUUGGUAGCGGUCGGGAAAGCAAACUGUUUCCACAAGAAAGGGCACGAGGCAGACUGUACUAUAUCGAAUUAUCCGUAUAUGGCAGUUUUCGGGAUCAUUCAGAUUAUUCUUAGCCAGAUCCCGAACUUCCACAAGCUCUCUUUUCUCUCCCUUAUGGCUGCGGUGAUGUCCUUCACUUACGCAACUAUUGGGAUUGGCCUAGCCAUUGCGACCGUCGCAGGUGGGAAAGUGGGUAAGACGAAUAUGACAGGCACGGUGGUAGGAGUUGAUGUGACUGCGGCUCAGAAGAUAUGGAGAUCGUUUCAAGCGGUUGGGGACAUUGCGUUUGCAUAUGCUUACGCCACUGUUCUCAUCGAGAUUCAGGAUACAUUGAAAUCUAGCCCAGCAGAGAACAAAUCUAUGAAAAGAGCAAGCCUUGUGGGAGUAUCAACCACCACUUUCUUCUACAUCUUAUGUGGUUGUCUCGGCUAUGCUGCAUUUGGAAACAAAGCACCAGGAGAUUUCCUCACAGAUUUUGGGUUUUACGAGCCUUUUUGGCUUAUCGACUUUGCAAAUGCUUGCAUUGCUUUCCACCUUAUUGGUGCUUAUCAGGUGUUUGCACAGCCCAUCUUCCAGUUUGUUGAGAAGAGAUGCAAUAGAAACUGGCCUGACAACAAGUUCAUCACUUCUGAGUAUUCAGUAAACGUACCUUUCCUUGGAAAAUUUAACAUCAGCCUCUUCAGGUUGGUGUGGAGGACAGCUUACGUGGUUAUAACCACGGUGGUAGCUAUGAUAUUCCCUUUCUUCAAUGCGAUCUUGGGUCUUAUCGGUGCAGCUUCUUUCUGGCCUUUAACGGUUUAUUUCCCCGUCGAGAUGCACAUUGCACAGACUAAGGUUAAGAAGUACUCUCCUAGAUGGAUUGGGCUGAAAAUGCUGUGCUGGGUUUGCUUGAUCGUCUCGCUCUUAGCUGCUGCUGGAUCCAUCGCAGGACUGAUAAGUAGUGUCAAGACAUACAAGCCUUUCCGAACUAUCCACGAGUGAGAGUUUCAGACUAAAAAUAAAGUUAUGUACUAGUUUGGUCUUUAUUUUUAACUACUUGGUAUCUAUAUCCAAAUGAAAAUGCUUUUAUUGCUGAAAAAGCUACAUAUAUCUGUAUCCACAGCUUGCAAUCCAUUACAUAUGAGCUUUUCAGAUC